ACAAAGCAAAAUCUUGCUCUUAAGACAGUCGCAGGCCGAUCCUCAACGCGCGCGUUUAAAACCCGACUAUUAUGUGAACCGAUCAGUGGUCUAAUGUAACAUCAACAAACAAUGAUGUGAAAAUUACUUAAGUAGAACAAAAUUGUGUAAAAAUGACGGAAAUACAGAAAAGUGACGAAAACACGGACAAUAAAAAUUCGAUAAAUACGGUUUCAUCAAAAUUAUCCACCGAUCAACUCAUCUGCAAAUCUCCACAAGAAUCCAACAGUUCGGUUAAAUCUUUGGAGAAAAUCAUCGUGGGGGGUGACGAUGGAUCCUUGUUGUGUCUGGGGUUGCUCCAGUUUAUUUUCGGGUUUCUGAUGGUGGUUUUCGGAGGGUUGGUGCUCCAAUACGAUGCCAGCUUGUCGCAGCUGGGAGGCGGAAUAUGGGCCGGUUGUCUCGCCAUGGCCACUGGAAUCGUUGGUAUCCUCGCCUCAGCCCGUGACUGGUGCCCCCUCAAAUCUACUCCGCAGAAAAUUACCCACACGAUUUUCCUCGCCUUGAGUUUGGUCAGUUUGGCCAUUUCCCAGCUUGUUGUGGCUCUCGCGGCCACUGGCAGUGCCAGAGACAUCAACAAUUCCGAAUUCGACGAAGAAGUGGAGGUGCCCACGACCACACUACCACCAGGAAAAAUCUCAAUUAUCCUCCCGGUGAAUUAUAUGAGUAUUUUAUCAAAUUUGGGGCUUUUGUCUGUCUCCGUGGCUGAGUUUGUAGUGGCAGCAAUAGCGUCGUAUAGAAGCUCGCGGAUUCUGUGCCCCUGUUUCAGGAAAAAAGGAGAGUUUGUUGAAGAUUUCAAUGCGCAAAGAAAUGCUUUGGUCAGUUCCUGGUUGGGGAAGCACAGCCCGCCACCACUAUAUGUAGUGGCGGCGCCAGCGUCAACUCUCGGGAAAGGCAGCAAGGCAUCCGGUGGUUUACCGGUACCAGUUUUCGCGUUACCGCAUCAUCAGAUGGUGCCGCCUCGGGUGGUUCCUUAUCCUCUGAUUCCCGCACCGCUGGGUACCAUCCCAUCACCGAUCAUUCCACCGGAAAAAGAUUUAUCGCGCAGAAAAAAGAAGCAUAUUUAUUCGAGAUGUCCCCCACAUGACCGAUCGAGAACCAAGUUAAAGUCGAAGGAGAAAACAGUGACUGAAGAAGAUGUCGUGAGGACCUAUACAGGUCUUGACAAGGCAAUAGCUGAGGAAUUCAUUGACAUUUGCGACUCGAGAAAUGUCAGCUUGUGCAGCGACGAGAGUUGCACAAGCAGUUGUCAAAGGAGUUGUAAUGGGUGUAGUAACAGCGAUGGCGCCUCAAGGGAAUAUUUAGUUAACAGUAAUAAAACAUAAAAACUGAUAUCGUUCAAAUAAUUGACAUUUACUUAAACGCAAAUACUCCUUCUUAAGUUUUAAAGAAAUUUAAUUGAUAGAUUUUUUUAAGCUGUAUUUGAUGUAAGUGAUUGUAUAUAAGUAUAUGUGUGAUAUAUUGUGAAUAACUUCCAUAAAUAAUAAUUAUUAAAAUUGUUAAGCUUU